UCUGAUGACGUCACGUAUUUCCUCUGAAUUGAGUUUUGGUCAUUGCAAUGCGAGGAGAGCGAAGUUGAACUGUGUGGAGUACCUGCAGUGUAGCGUACUCAUUAAGUGCGCGAUUAAAAAAAGCGAAAUAAAAGUGACAAUGUGAUUAUUGUUGGCGUUUUGUAUUUAACUUUGCUAGAAUGUCUUUUUUCGUGGAUUCAGUUAUUAUGUUCACCUCACAGGUGCUGUUCUUUGGGUUUGGAUGGCUUUUCUUUAUGAGACAAUUGUUCAAGGAUUAUGAGGUUCGACAGUAUGUAGUACAGGUUGUUUUCUCUGUGACAUUUGCCUUCUCCUGUACCAUGUUUGAACUCCUAAUUUUUGAGAUAUUGGGAGUAUUAAGUAGCACUUCUAGGUAUUUUCACUGGAAGCUAAAUCUUUAUGUCAUUUUGCUGGUGCUUAUAUUUGUAGUUCCUUUCUACAUUGGAUACUUUGUGGUCAGCAAUAUUAGAUUGUUGCAGCGGCAGAAGCUAUUAUUUUCCUGUGUUGUUUGGUUUACCUUCAUGUACUUUUUUUGGAAACUAGGAGAUCCAUUUCCUAUUUUGAGUCCAAAGCAUGGAAUUCUUUCAAUAGAACAACUAAUCAGUCGAGUUGGGGUGAUUGGGGUAACCCUAAUGGCUUUACUGUCUGGCUUUGGUGCUGUAAAUUGUCCAUACACAUAUAUGUCGUAUUUCCUAAGAAAUGUAACAGAAAGUGACAUACUUGCUUUAGAAAGACGGCUUCUUCAGACAAUUGAUAUGAUUAUCAGCAAAAAGAAAAGGAUUGGAGCAACACGACGAAUGAUGUACCUCCGGGGUGAAGAUCAGAAUAAACAAACAGGUUUCUGGGGUAUGAUAAAAAGUGUCACAUCUUAUCCUCCUGGAAGUGAAAAUCUUUCAUUGAUUCAACAGGAGGUAGAUGCUUUGGAAGAGCUAAGUCGUCAACUUUUCUUGGAAACAGUAGAUCUCCAUGCAACUAAGGAGAGAAUAGAAUAUUCAAAAACCUUUCAAGGAAAAUAUUUCAACUUCCUUGGCUACUUUUUCUCUAUCUAUUGUGUGUGGAAGAUUUGUAUGGCUACAAUUAAUAUAGUUUUUGACAGAGUUGGAAAAACUGACCCUGUAACUAGAGGCAUUGAAAUUACAGUCAACUACUUGGGCAUACAGUUUGAUGUCAAAUUUUGGUCGCAACAUAUUUCAUUCAUUCUUGUAGGAAUUAUUAUUGUAACUUCCAUCAGAGGUUUGUUAAUUACAUUAACUAAGUUUUUUUAUGCUAUUUCAAGUAGCAAAUCUUCAAAUGUAAUUGUGCUGGUUCUCGCACAAAUUAUGGGAAUGUACUUUGUUUCAUCAGUACUGCUGAUGAGGAUGAGCAUGCCUUUGGAGUAUCGGACUAUUGUUACAGAGGUACUUGGAGAGCUACAAUUCAGUUUCUACCACCGCUGGUUUGAUGUCAUUUUUCUAGUCAGUGCCCUCUCCAGUAUUCUGUUUCUGUACUUAGCUCACAAGCAAGCACCAGAGAAAAACAUGACAAUUUAACUUUUUGUUUCCAUUUGGUUGGGAUGGACAAGAACUGCUUUCAGCAAUCCUAAUCUGGAAGUUUUUUAUGUGUACAUGCAGUUAAGUUGAAUCUACUGUCUUUAUUUCUGUAAUGGCAAUUGUGCCAUUUAGAAAUGUACAAGAAAUUCCUGAAUCAGGAUUUUUUUUCUUACUUUGUGGACUUAUUUAUUGUCUUGGGUUGUAAAAUGUUUAAAGAAUCAUGAGCUACAAAUUUGUUAAUAAUGUGGCAUAUUGUGUGUAUUUUACAAUUAUUGUAAAAAUAUUUUAAUUAAAAUAGCAUGCAAAAAUGAAGAUAUUAGAUUGAUCAACACACUUUUGAAAAGAACACAAACUAUUAAAUGUACAAAGACUGUAACAACUUAAUUUUGAGAUUCCUGCUCCUGUCCACAGUCUUCUAAAGCUUGAAAUCAUAAUAUAUGGUUAGGCUGAAAUUUUGCAUUAACACUCAAAACAUUUGUCCUUUAUUAUCCACUGUAAA